AUAGGAUAAAUAAUUUACGAUAUGAUUUUUUAAUUAUAAAAUGGAAUUACCAAAAUGCCAAAACGGUUUUAAAAAUGAAAGUAGCGUUUGCAAUAGCAGCAUGACACAAAUGAAUAGUUCUGGAAGAGUGCAACAACAUGGGACAUAUUCCUGUGGAUAUUGUAAUCAAAAGUGCAUCUAUAGUGCAAUAGAACUCGGUUUCACCAUUGGUGUUUUAGCAAACUUGUUGGUAAUUAUUCGAGUGAUUAAAGACCGGAAGUUGAGAGAUCCUACAUUUAUUGGAAUAGCCGCGCUCGCUGUAGCCGAUCUGUUGUUCUUAACUUUAAACCUGACAGUUUCUUUUGAAACAGUGAUUAUUUCAUACACAUGUGCAAAACCCGUGAUAGUUAGCAGGCCUUUCUACAUUUUAAACUCGAUGUGUUGGUUUGCGGCGAACUCUCAUGUCGCACUACUUGCAGUUAUUCGGUAUAUGUCCAUAGCUCGACCAAUGAACGCUCACAUAUUCCUGCGCCCUGUCCGAGUGAUUAUUCUAUCAUGUUGUGUUUGGGUGCUUGGAAUGAUAUUACUGGGAACAUUAGCCGGACUAAUUACCCUUAAAAUCAUUAUUCCCGGAACUUCAAGUGAAUUUAUUAUCGUCUGGUGGAUAACAGUAUACCUCUUGCCACUCGUUAUUACAACGAUUCUUCAUUUUCUAAAAAUAGCCCUCGUCAGACGAUCUUUCAGAGUGUCUUCUGCUAAAUCAGCCAACCGGAAGCUGGUGCAGCGCAUGUCAACUAUUGUGAUAAUGGUGAUUUUAAUGGCGGCAAUACUUCCGUUACCAAGGCUUAUUUUCAACUGUUUACGAGUUGUCGGGGACAAUGCAUUUCCUUCGAAAGAGUUCAAAAGUCAUUUUCGCGGGAUUUCCCACAUGCUGUUCUUAAUAAACAACUUUAUAAAUCCUUUCAUGUACACAAUGCUGUCAAAGAAAUUUCGUAACAGCGUGAAGGAAGCCUUUCACUUCAUUGGGACAAAAGUCACGGAAGACUCUGACACAACGGAGUCCCCACUUACGUCUGAGAGGCGUCAAACCUCUCUCGAAAUGUCCGCCCAAAAUAACACAGUACAAAGAACUUCGGAGAAUGAACCUUCCAACGAUAUAACACCUGAACACGUGAUUCCAAAUAUACCACCAGACAACGUGACUCAAGAUAUCAACUCAGCAAGUUUGCCACACAAUGGACAUGUAAAAUGCGUGACAAAAGAUAUAACAUCAGGAAGCGUGACAUAA